CAAAAUCUUUAGCAUUCUAGCUUGUAUCUGGCCAUAAUGGAAAACUUUUAUGAUCAAUUUUUGACAUCAAACACUAGCCUAUCAACCACUGCCACCAACUUUGCCUCAUCCUCAUCAAACCCAAGCCUUACACCACCAAACAUGGGUCAUCCUCAAAAUGUUAACUUGGUUGGUAACAAUGACCAAUUUGCCUAUCUUGACCCUUAUUCUGGUCCAUAUGAUCAAAACCAACAGUUUCAACAUGUGCAAUCACUUGCCCAAGUGAAUCAUCCUCCUUUGUAUCCUUUUCAGAUGGGGCAAAGUGAUGUAGCAACUACCAUGUCAAAUCUUGUACCUCGAGGUAGGUCACAGUUGAGUGAAGAGGAGAGGGUUAGGAGUAGGCUUGCUAGGGAGAGAAGGAGGCAAGCAAGGCAAAGGAGUAGAAGUGUUGCUCCUAUGGCCCCAGUUGAAGGGACAAUAAGGGAAAGACCUCACAAUGUCAACCAAGGCAGAAAUGCCAAUAUUUUUGUUACUCCAGAUGGGAUGGUGCUACUAGAGAUACUCACCAAGGUGCUAAAGAAUAGUGAUGUUGGCCCCUUAGGUCGCAUUGUGCUCCCAAAAAGAGAGGCUGAGAUGUAUCUUCCAGAACUACGGGACAGGGAAGGAAUUGAUGUCGUGCUUAAGGAUGUGUAUGCUGAGCUGAGAUGGACUGUGAAAUACAAGUAUUGGGUUAAUGACCAAAGUAGAAUGUAUGUGCUUGAAAAUACAGGAGAUUUUGUGAACCAUUAUGAAUUACAAAGGGAUGACUCCAUAACCCUUUAUGAAGAUGAAUCUAAAAAUCUGUAUGUGUUGAUAAAAAAAGAGGACAAUCAAGAAACAUCUCAACACCCAACAAACAUGCAAAGGCUGCUCACACUCAGUGCUUACAACAAUGGCCUCAUUCAAGCAUCUCAUAUGCACCAAGCUCAAGGUGAAGAAGAAAAUGCUUCUAAUAGCCUUUUGCACCAGUCCAAUGCUGGAGCACAUUUCGAUGGUAACAUAAUGCAACCUCAAUUACCGAUCAUUGCUGAUGAUGAUGUAAUGCAACAUGAGUUCAAUGUUGGUGAUAAUUUAGUGCAAGGUGAGUUAUUGGACAACUUUAUAGAAGAGGCACCAACUCAAGAGAUGGGAGAAGUCAUAAUGGCCCCUAUGGCUAACCAGAUAAACGGUGAUCAACAAACCAACUUGGAUGAUGUCUAUGCGAACCUUGACAACAUCUUAGAAAUUGAGAGAAAUUAUCGUGGUUUUCACUUUUGAUCACUUGGAUUACUAUAGGGGCCUUGGUCAUCUUGUCAAGGUAAUAUUUUAAGAGUGAUGUGAGAUAUCUUAUGGUAUGGAAACAUGGUUCAAGACUUCAAGCUGUGGAAUUGUUGGUAUUGUUGUGAGCUUGCUGGGUGGUUUGCAUUAAGUAUUAUUCUAGAGAAGCUAAGUGUAGUUGUUUGGAUUCUUGUUUGUUGCUUUUUGUUGUUCCAAUAACCUUAUCUUAGGAUAGUAGACAAGGCUCAAGCUGAAUGUUGCAUGUUGAAUUUUCCUUUCUAAGGACUUGGUGGAGCUUCCUAUCCAAAGAUGAGUUCAUGCAUAGUAGUUUGUUUCAGGUUAAAAAAAGUUUGAUGUUUUCUUUUGAUCAGAAAAAAAAAGGUUUGAUGUUAGAUUUGUAUUCUUUUCUGUUUUUUUUUUUCAUUGAAAAAGAUGUUACAUAUAUCUUGUGACAUGAACCUGUAUUCGUGCAUGUGA